AUGGCGGAAGAACAGGGUGCCGACACUGCUGAUAGUAGCUUAGAAACAAAUUAUGCUGAGAAAUCUGAGGAUGUAUUCGUAAAUGGCGAUACUGAGAGUGAAGAAGGUGCAAAAGUGAUAGAAUAUGAAACACAAACAUCACAGGAAGAGACAAAUGUCUCUGGGCAAGUCAUGCCGAGGAAAAGUAGUUUUAUGAAUAGGGAUGGAAGUAGAAAACCAAUACGAAAGAAGACGGUGUCAUUUAGCAGUAUGCCAACCGAGAGGAAAAUAGCAACAGCACAAGACUGCUUGUCGUUUAUGCAGAAGGGAAGUGAAUUGAUUAAAGUACGCUCCAACAGUCGUCAGUACCAUCGCACAUUUAUGUUAAACUCAGACAUGACUGAAAUACGAUGGUAUCCAACGUCUAAAAAAGCUCACAAAGCGAGAAUUCCCAUACAGAUAAUCAAGGAGGUGAGGGUGGGAAAGAACACAGAGGCCCUCAAGAACAAGGAGAUUGCGGGUAUCUACCAGGAUGAGUGUGCUUUCUCUGUCAUCUAUGGAGAUGAAUUUGAGUCCAUGGACCUGAUUGCUAACACUGCAGAUGAAGCUAAUAUUUGGGUAACUGGACUGACUUGUUUACUCACCACAAGCAGUAAGACCGUCACAUCAACUCCUGAAGCCAUUGAAGAAAUGCAACAGAUGAGAGAUGCAUGGUUACUAGAGAUGUUCCAGGACCAAGCAAAUGACCCCGCAGGACUGUUGGAGGAGGGAGAGGUAGUCAAUCUCAUUAACAAGCUCAACAGUAACAUUUCUCCUGCCCGUAUACACCAGAAACUAAAGGAAUUUGAACUGAAGAAGACAGAUGGUUCCAUAGAAGGUUGGACAAGUCCACGAGGGAGAAUACACAGUGAUGAAUUUGUCACCUUGUUCAAAGAAUUAUCAACACGGCCAGAGAUCUACUUUCUAUUGGUGCGAUAUGCAAGUAAUGCAGACUACCUCUCAACAGAUGAUUUGUUGCUAUUUUUAGAAGCUGAACAGGGGAUGCAGAGAGUGACUAAAGAAAAGUGUUUGGAAAUAAUUAAUAAAUUUGAACCUUCCAAAGAUGGCAAAUUGAAAGGACAUCUUGGUAUUGAUGGAUUUACAGACUAUCUUCUAUCAAGAGAAUGUGAUAUAUUUGAUUCUGACCAGCAAACUGUUUGUCAAGAUAUGACACAACCACUAAGUCACUACUUUAUAGCCAGUUCACACAAUACGUAUCUUAUGAAAGAUCAGUUACAGGGACCCUCUAGUGUAGAAGCAUACAUAAGAGCACUUAAUAAGGGAUGUCGCUGUGUGGACUUGGACUGUUGGGAUGGUCCUAACGGUGACCCAAUCAUCAAACAUGGCCGAACACUGACCACCAAAAUCACUUUUGUGUCCGUCAUAGAAACCAUCAACAAACAUGCAUUCGAUAUAUCUCACUACCCCCUGAUACUGUCAAUAGAGAACCACUGUAGUAUAAAACAACAGAAGAUCAUGGUAGAGUGUAUGCAGUCUACAUUUGGUGAUAAACUUGUCUCGUUAUCAUUUGACCAAGAGGCAUCAGAUUUACCAUCCCCCGAGGAUCUUCAUGGCAAAGUUAUAGUUAAGAGUAAGAAAUUGCCACUUAACUGUACUUUGGAGGAAGAUUAUGUGACAGACGAAGACGAAUCAUCAGAAGUAGAGAAAAAGAAGAACAACAAAGCCAAAGAUAGUCCAGCCAACAAGCAAAUUAAACUGGGAAAGGAUCUUUCAGACCUUGUCAUGUACUGUGUGUCUGUGAGGUUCCAAGACUUCCAAGUCUCUCAACAGCAUCAGAAGUACUGGGAAAUGUGUUCCUUUAGUGAGUCGGUAGCUAUGAAGCUGGCCAUGACCUGCCCAGAGGAAUUUGUCAACCACAACAAACGCUUCCUAAGUCGGGUGUACCCAAACAGUCUGAGGGUGGACUCGAGUAACUACAAUCCUAGGGAUCUCUGGAACUGUGGCUGUCAGAUGGUGGCCAUGAAUUACCAGACGCCUGGCUUAAUGAUGGAUUUGUACAAUGGCUGGUUCCUCAAAAAUGGUAACUGUGGCUAUAUUCUCAAACCGUCCAUUAUGAGGGAGGAAAUUGCCUACUUCAGUGCCAACACAAAGGAAGUCAUUCCAGGGGUCUCACCACAGAUUCUCCACAUAAAGGUUAUUAGUGGUCAGCACUUCCCCAAGCCAAAAGGGUCAGGAUCUCGAGGUGAUGUCACUGACCCAUAUGUUACCAUAGAGAUUUCUGGGAUACCAGCCGACUGUGCAGAGGAAAGGACGAAGACCGUGCCUCACAAUGGUUAUUGCCCAAUAUUUGAUGAGAGCUUCGAGUUCCAGAUCAAUCUGCCAGAGCUUGCUCUUGUGCGAUUUGCUGUUUUAGAUGAUGAAUUUAUAGGCGAUGAAUUUAUAGCUCAGUAUACUGUUCCUUUUGAAUGUAUGCAAACAGGCUAUCGUCAUAUCAACCUUCUGUCCAAUACGGGUGAUCCGAUAGAGAAUUGUACACUGUUUGUACACGUGGCAAUAACCAAUAAACGAGGGGGAGGGAAAGCUCACAAGAGAGGCAUGUCUGUGAAGAAGACAAAACACAAAAAAGAAUACACCACUCCUAAAACUGUUGGAGUGAAAUGUAUUGAUGAAACAUUUAAGACAUCAAUUCCACCACUGCGAGAGUGUACAGACUUACGAGAGGAUGUCCAAGUGGCUCUCUCAGAAUUCAAGGAGGCAUGUGGCCUAUCGCCAAUCGCAAACAUUAAACAGUGUAUACGUUUGCUGGCCACACGUGUGUCCAAUGCCACAGAACAGUCCUCACUCUCAGUCAUUAUAAAAGGGGAGUAUCCCUCAUUAGAAGCUCAAGGAAAUCUGCCAGAUGUACUGAAAAAAGCUCUCCAAUCUUUUGUGGAGCUGGUAGCAGAAUGUAAGAACCUGAUGGAUUCUGCUGAUACUGUCCACGACAAAUUACUUCAGUGUCAGAAAGCUGGUUUAGAAUGGCACGAGGACUUGGAGAAUAUCUGUAGUCAGGCAGGCCUCAAAGGAAAGAAGAUGUCUAAGGCUACAGAAAACUUUGCCUGGAAUGUUCGUGUACUGAAGGGUCAAGCUACCCUGAUGUUACAGGCAAAAAAGGAGUGUCAAGAUUAUUUACGACAGAUGAAGGAGGCGGCCAGUUCCUCAGGGUUGAUCAAGGAUGAAAAACAGAAUGGUGUGGAGGAAUCUUAGCUGGUAACCAUAGUGUACAUGAUGGCUGUCUG